AUGGUGAAGGUUAAGUCAAAAGGGGUCAAAAUCCGUAAAUCGAAUCCAAGCUCCCCUCGUGUUCUCUCCGGCUCCGAUUCCCAUGUGCUCUCCGUCGUGUUCUCUCAGGCGUGUUUGACGGCGAAUCUUCCUCCUUCCUUCUUCCGGCUUCUUCCUUCCUCCUUCCUUCUUCCGGCUUCCUCCUUCCUCUUUCCGGCUUUUUCCUUCCUCCUUCCGGCUUCCUCUGGGAGUGCUGUUCCCAUUAUAGAUCCUACUGGGAACUCGAAAGUGAUUGAUGAUGCUGCUUAUAUAAGAGAAGAUGAGAAGAAUGAUGAAAGAGUUGGUCGUGUUGUUGAUCUGCUAAAUAAGAAUCAAGACUGGACCCAGUUCAUUUGGGAACUUGAGCCGAAGCCUCAAAAUUUCAUGUUAUCUGAUGAAGAAGAGCUUGAUGAAGACGAAGCUGCCCCAGUAUCACCUAUGAGGGAACCAGCUGUUGAUGCAAGAAGGGGGAAGCGCAAGAUAAAUGAUCCUAGUUCCGAGUCUAGAAAGAAGAACAUGCUUUGUCAAAGAGCGGCUGAGCAUAACAGCGGUGUAUCAAGUGAAAUGAAGAGUUUCAUGGAAGGUUUGUUGACCUCUUCUUUCAGCUCUUUAAAGGAAGUGUUGCAGAAGGACAUACAAGAGCAAUUUCAGAAGGUCAACAAUGAGAUAGAUCAGCUGAGGGAACAAAUGUCUCACCUUACUGGUCUUUCAGAUACAGUGGGAAAAUGUGAAGGCAAAGUAGCUGAGACUCCAUGUUCAGGCAAAGCCUCUGAGAUUCCGGGUUCAAGCUUAUCGGCUCAGGCUAUGGUUUCUCCAGGAUCCUAUGAAAAAAGCAAAGGCAAGCCGAAGCAAGGAUCCUCCUACGGUUCGUCGCAGCCCUCGGCCAGGAAGAAAGGAUGA